AUGCAGUUGGGGUUUCUGCAGGGCAGGAGUGGAGAAAGGAGAGACCUUUCCAUUCCCUCUCUUAAAAAAACAGCAUUUUAGUUCUUGACUGAAGAGUGGUAGUGGGCUAGUGGCGGUAGAUGGCAUUGACACUGGUUGCCAAGCACAGUGCAGGGUUUGUUGGAGCCUAGUGUGGCUUCAGAAACAGCCACAUUUCCGCAUUCUUGGAUCAUUUGGAGCUCCUUCCUUGCUGCUUGUUGGGUUUCUUCCCUUCCUGCUUCUGAGUUCUGUGCGCCAACCAAUCUUUUUCUUGAUUGCCAAGAAAUGGAGGUGGAGGCACCGGAGAAGAAGGGACACGGAGCCUUUGCGAAGGCAAUUAAGUCUUUCGGUUCUUCAGAGCGGCACAAGCGUUCCAAGAGUGAUCUUGAGGAUAUGUGCGCUAAAGAUGCGCUGUACGCUUCAGAUAAAACAUGCAUUCAGCCUAAGCCAGAUGCUGUCAAAGUUAAGGUAAAAAGUGAUAUCAACACUGAAGUGCAACCUGGGAGAGGAGCACAGAGCUUCUUGAGAAAAGAGAUUCUACAGCUAGAAAAGCACCUCAAGGAUCAGCAGGUCAUGCGUGGCGCCCUGGAGAAAGCUCUGGGGCCAAACGCUGCUCCUCCAGUCAACGUAUCAAACGAGAAUCCAAUGCCAAAGGCUACCAAAGAACUGAUCAGGGAGAUUGCCACACUAGAGCUUGAGGUCAAGAACAUGGAGCAGUAUCUCCUUACCCUGUACAGGAAGGCGUUUGAGCAGCAAGUGCCCACGUUCUCUCCUCCAGACCACCGGGGAGCUCCAAAGCCGCCACCGCCGCCAGCACCGGCGAGGGCAGCGAUCUCGCUGCCCGUGCAGCUGCAGAAAUCUCCCAGCGUCAAGGCAUCUCGCAAGAACAACAGACCGGACGCAAUUCUGCGAUCCAGCUACCCGCCACCUUCCAGUAGGACGCUGAACGAUCCGGUGACGGAUUGCUCUACGUCGGGUUGCUCUGGUAGGUUGGGCGACUCCGAUGCCCUCCGGUGCCAGUCUGCGUUGUCGUACCGCGGCAUUUGUUCGUCCAGGAUUUCACCAUCGGAGGACAGUCUUGCGAGGGCUCUUCGCUCAUGCCACUCACAACCUUUCUCAUUUUUGGAGGAAGGGGAGAGUACUGCAGCAGGAGUGAUAAGCUUAGCAGAGUAUCUAGGCACUAAUGUUGCUGACCAUAUUCCUGAAACUCCGAACAACCUAUCGGAGGAGAUGGUGAGAUGCAUGGCAGGGGUGUUCUGCAAACUUGCAGACCCCCCUUUGGUUCACCAUGGCUCGUCGUCUUCGCCAACCUCAUCGUUCUCCUCAACAAGUGCGAUAUCUCCGCAGUAUCUCGGUGAUAUCUGGAGUCCCAAUUACAAGAGAGAAUCUACUCUAGACUCUCGUUUGAUAAACCCUUUCCAUGUUGAGGGGUUGAAGGAGUUCAGCGGACCAUACAAUACAAUGGUUGAGGUUCCGCUGAUUUGCCGUGAUAGUCGGAGGCUAAAAGAGGUUGAGGAUCUACUCCAAACCUACAAAUUGAUUUUGUACCGGUUGGAAACCGUCGAUCUCAGGAGAAUGACAAACGAAGAAAAGAUUGCAUUCUGGGUUAACAUACACAACGCCCUGCUGAUGCAUGCUUAUCUAAAGUAUGGCGUCCCACAGAACAAUCUGAAGAAGACAUCACUACUUGUUAAGGCUUCCUGCAAAAUUGCUGGACGUAGCAUCAAUGUAGCUGUAAUCCAAAGCAUGGUUCUUGGAUGCAACACGCACUGUCCUGGACAGUGGCUACGUACUUUGCUUCACCCAAGGAUCAAAAGCAAAGUGGGCAAAGUAGGGCAUGUGUGGCAAGCCUUUGCCGUUGCACAAUCAGAGCCUCUUUUACGCUUUGCGCUUUGUUCAGGAAGCCAUUCUGAUCCCGCGGUGAGAGUGUACACUCCAAAGAGGCUGUUCCAUCAGCUGGAGGCUGCCAAGGAGGAGUUCAUCCGGGCAACGGUGGGCAUCUGGAAGGAGCAGAAGAUACUGCUUCCAAAGCUCGUCGAAGCGUAUGCGAAAGACGUCAAGCUCUCGUCGCAGGGCCUCGUCGACAUGGUGCAGCGCUACCUGCCGGAGACCCUGAGGCUGGCAAUGCAGAAGUGCCAACAGAGCAGAUCGAGCAGGAUCAUAGAAUGGGUGCCACACAACCUGAACUUCCGGUAUCUGCUGUCCAGGGACCUGGCAUUUCCUCACCUGAACUGAACUGACUGAUGUCAAAUACUGAAAUGAGCUGAAGUAUAUGCACUGUAUCAUAUAGAUUUAGGCGCAAGGAUUGUGUAGUGUUGAUAUGUGAGGUACUGAGUAGUGUUUAGCUGGGCCUGUAAAAAUUUUUGUAGAUGAACAGAAAAAGGUGGAAGAAAUGAGAAAGAAAGAUCCUUUUGUU